UUUGAGAAAAUGGCCAACUCUUCUUUUCAAUCCCCAAUAGCCAAAAAGCUAGAAGGUAAGGUAGCAAUUAUAACUGGUGGAGCUAGUGGCAUAGGAGCAGCCACAGCUAGACUUUUUGUUCAACAUGGUGCAAAAGUGGUAAUUGCAGAUAUUCAAAAUGAUCUCGGAAAUUCAUUAGUAAAACAAAUUGGCACAGAGCAAACAAUUAUCUAUGUCCAUUGUAAUGUCUCGAUUGAAUCUGACGUUAAAAAUGUUGUUGAUGCAACAAUUGCUAAAUUUGGUAAGCUUGACAUAAUGUGCAGUAACGCUGGUGUAUUAGGUAAGCCAAUUUCAAGCAUUCUAGAUGUAGAUCACGAUAUAAUUAAGGACGUGUUUGAUGUAAACGUUGUUGGUGCAUUCUUUUGCGCGAAACACGCUGCUAGAGUGAUGAUUCCAAAUAAGAAAGGUGUCAUUCUUUUCACGGCAAGUGCUUCUACCGUGGUCUUUGGUGCCGGUGUCCCUCACACGUAUGCAUCCUCGAAAACUGCGGUUUUAGGGCUCUCAACGAACGUUGGGGUGGAAUUAGGAAAAUAUGGAAUAAGAGUUAAUUGCGUUUCACCUUAUUACAUUAGCACACCAUUAGUAGUAAAUGGAUUUGGAGUAGAGGAACAAAAGGCAGACAAAUGGUUUGAAGAAGGAGGAAAUUUGAAAGGAGCUUUAUUGGAUGAACAAGAUGUAGCAAAUGCAAUGUUGUACUUGACAAGUGAUGAUUCUAAAUAUGUGAGUGGACAUAAUCUCAUACUUGAUGGUGGAUUUAGUACUACAAAUGUGGCUAUAACAGAGGCCUAUAAGAAGUUAUUUCCAUCAAAUGAUUGAUCACAUCAUUUUAGUAUCCAAUAUCAAGGUCGAUCGGGUCGAUUAUAAGAUAACUAAAGCAAUAGCUUGGGUCAUAUUAUGAAUCUAUAUAGAUAAAAAUAAGGAAUAAAGAGCUAGUCCCCCUUUGAUCAAUUGGAUUAUGUAAGUUUCAUGAUAGAUUCAUGUUUCUUCUUAUGUAAGUUUAUCUAAUGUUGUACCUUAUACUUAAUAUGCUUGUUGUGUUUUAUAUUUGAUGAUAUGUAAUUAAUUAAUUCAACACAAAUUUUGAGUUAUCA